CUAAAUUAGUACUGCUGCCGGAAAAACCAAGCAAUGUCACAUCUAAUGACCAGAAUCCUAAUGUUAUCAGUCAAUAAGAACAGUAGAUGAAAAAUGUAAAACCUUCUCACGCCACUAAUCCCCGUUUAGCUCUUUUACCAGCCCCACCACGUCCUACUCCAACAGCCGCCGCAGCACUCCGGCCAUGCAACCAUCUACAGGAUCUUCACCUUCUCCCCUCGACCGCUGCGUCAGCUUCUCACCCAAACGACUUCCCUCCUCUCCUCAAAACAUGCGCCUUCCAAAACCUUCUUCCCCUUGGCCGCAUCCUUCACCAGCGGGCUGUCGUACUGGGCCUCAACGCCCAUCCCUACCUUGCAACCUCGCUCCUCCACAUGUACGCUGUAAACGGUCACCCUUCCAACGCCCAUCAGGUGUUCGACCAAAUGCUCGUGAAAAACGUUGUUCCUUAUUCAGCCCUUAUCUCCGCAUACUCUCGAUCGGCUGAUAUCAACAUGGCCUUCUCUAUUUAUAGUAAGAUGCUGAAUGACGGAAUCCGACCAAAUUCAGUCACUUUACUGGGAUUGCUCUCAGGGGUCUCUGAGUUAGAUCAGCUGCAGUGCUUGCAUGCAUUGGUGGUCCAUUUUGGCUUUGAACAUGAUGUCAUUAUCAUGAAUUCUAUGAUGAAUGUGUAUUCAUUGUGUGGGAGAGUAAAUGUUGCUGGAAUUUUGUUCGAUUCAAUGCCAUACAAAGACAGAAUUUCUUGGAAUUCAGUGAUUGCAGGGUAUUCCAGAAAUGGAGACUUAAAGAGUUCAAUGGACUUGAUGCAUGGAAUGAGACUAGCAGGUUUCUUCCCAGAUCCACAAACAUAUGGCUCUUUGCUAGCAUUACUCACAAACAAUAAUAGCAAAUGUUCAGUUCAAUUGGGCAGUUUGGUUCAGGCCUUAGUCAUAACUUCUGGGUUUGCAUCAGAUUCCCAUCUUGUUACCUCCCUUGUAAGCAUGUAUCUGAAAUUCUGUGAACUGGACUACGCGUCUAAGCUCUUCGAUCGAUCGUUGGAGAAGGAUGCCGUGUUGUGGACUGCAAUGAUCUCUGGUCUUGCUCAGAAUGAUCGAGCCAAUGAAGCACUGUUAGUUUUCCAUCAGAUGUUGAGGUCUGCUCAACUGACACCAUCGAAUACAACCAUAGCAAGCGCGGUGUCUGCCUGUGCUCAACUAAGAAUGCCAAGAAUUGGUGCUUCUAUUCAUGGCUUUGUCAUGAGGCAGCAGCUGCCUUUAGAUACUGCUGCUGAGAACUCUCUCAUAACCCUUUACAUGAAGUGCAGCAAGCUAGAGCAAGGCCAUACGUUGUUUAACUCGAUGGAGAAUAGAGACUUGGUCUCCUGGAACGCAAUUGUUUCGGGUUUUGCUAAUAACGGGCAUCUUGAGGAGGCAAUUCAUUUCUUCGUCAGAAUGAUUUCAGUGAUGCAAAGACCAGACACAAUCACUAUUUUAUCUCUCCUCCAAGGCUGUGCAUCCUUGGGUGCACUCCAGCAUGGAAGAUUGAUUCAUAACUUCAUGAUCAGGCAUGAGCUCAACUCUUGCCUUUCCAUGGAGACUUCGUUGGUCGACAUGUAUUCCAAAUGUGGUGAUAUUAAAAUGGCACAGAAAUGCUUCGAUCAAAUGUUGGAGCAGGAUGUGGUAUCAUGGGGCGUGAUCAUUGCAGGAUAUGGGUGCCAUGGAAUGGGGGAUGUUGCCCUUAGGAUCUACUCCAAGUUUCUCAGUACUGAAAUGGAGCCAAAUAAUGUCAUGUUCCUUUCGGUGUUAUCAGCUUGCAGUCACUCAGGGCUUGUUCCUCAAGGCCUGGCCAUCUUCAAUUCCAUGAAAAAAGUGUAUGGCAUGGAGCCAUGUAUCGAGCAUUGCGCAUGCAUUGUAGAUCUCCUUUGUAGAGCUGGAAAUGUAGAAGAAGCAUUCAGAUUCUUUCAGGGGAGGUCUCCCAUGGCUAACGCUGAUGUUUUGGGAAUCAUAUUGGAUGCUUGCAGGGAAAGUGGUGAUGUUGCUGUAGCAGAAGAGGUUGUGGAGGAGAUGAUUAAGUUGAAGCCUGAGUCUGCUGGGAGUUAUGUGCAGUUGGCACAUAGCUAUGCUGCAAUGAAUUGUUGGUAUAGCGUUGGGGAGACGCUGAGAAGAAUGAGGACAUUGGGGUUGAAGAAGGCGCCUGGGUGGAGCUUUGUGGUGGUGAAUGGGGAUAAGAACACUUUCUUCGCUGAUGAUACUUCACAUCCGCAGUGGGAUCAGAUUGUGUGGUUAUUAAAAAUCUUCAAAAAUGAGAUGAAAGACGUAAAUUAUGACCUGAUGCAAGCACAGGAGAUUUGCGAUUGUUCAUAGUGCAGGUGUUAAUAAAAUUUUACCUCGGAUAAUUUCUAUUGGAGAAAAUACAAAAAAGGGAGCGGAAGUAGAAAAGUUUAUGAACUUGAAUUUUUUUAUGAUUUGCGAAAAAAAUUUAUGCAGUUAAACUUAGGGCAAGUACUAAGCCACUUAAAUUAAGAGUUUCUGCAAUGCGUUAUUAUGGUUGUAGAUUGCUUGUUAUAUGCUGCAAGGUAAAAUUUGAAGGUUUCUGAGACGCUUUAGCAUACAUUGGAGGUUGCCCUUAUCAUCACGUUCACUUGAUUCAAAAAUACAAUUGCCAUACCGUAUUUAAAAAAUCUCCCGACAUAUGUAUUUAAAUGCCAGAGACAAAUGUUUGCAUCCAAGACAUUACCGAAAUUGUUAGGCUGCAAUCUGUUGUUUAGUGUGUAACACUUGAUAAAGGAAAUAGAAUAAUUAUAGGAUGCAUCAUUGGGAGAGGAAUAAGAUUCAGUGACCAAAGAAAAUGGGAAAAUGUGUACUUGAUAUCAAUUCAUCAAUAUCCUAUCCCAUUUAUUGGGUUAUCUAAAAAUAAUACCCCGAAUAGUCCCAUGUGAUCAUUUAUCGCAUUUCUCCAAUUAAGUCCUCAAAGCAUACAAAAUGAUUCUUAAAUGUAAAAAUGUCAUACAAAAUUAAUGCCAAUUUAAUCUCUUGAUGAUACAAAAACUAAUCCCCAAU